AUGGGCUGCGGCGGCAGCAGGACGGACGCUCUGGAGCCUCGCUACCUGGAGAGCUGGACCAAAGAGACGGAGUCCACGUGGCUGACCAGCACCGACACCGACAUCCCCCUGUCGUCCAUCCAGAGCAUCCCCUCGGAGAACUCCGAGGCCGGCUUUGCUUCUGAGAAAACAAUCAGCCCGGUUCCAGAUUUAUUUGACGACAGCCUCCCUCCUCCUGCUCAGGCGUACCUGAAGGUCUGCUCCACCGAGUCGGAGGUCAGUCUGAACGAUGUGAAACCCAGCAGCCCUCCUGCCAUCCUGCCAUCGCUGCCCAAAGAGGAGGUGCUGCCUUCGUCUGGCACCACGGUGCAGCGGCGGAGCGUUCUGCACACUGAGGAAAUCACAAAAUGGCAGGACAACCGGAUGUCCACAAAGCAGGUGACCAUCACGGUGACGCAGAGCAUCCAUCAGGUGGACAAGAACGGGAAGGUGAAGAAGUCACUCACCACCUACGAGGUGAUGAAACCUGUGGAGAGUCUGAAACAGGUGGCCGCACAAAACACUUGAGAGGAUGAAGCCAAAGAAAAAGUGACAAAUAAGUGAAAUGAACAAACUGAAAGAGUGUGAUGAAGCACAAGAGGGACGUGUGAGACUCGGGAUAACGGAAUAUUUUUCUCAUUUUCUUAAAUCACUUGGGCCAUUUUGUAAAUAACAUCAUGAAAUGUAUUUCUAUGGAGCCUGUUGCCAAAAUGUUUCGCCGUAUUUUGACACUUUGAACACAUGUAAAACAUACAAAUCUGUAGUUUGUUAUAAGAAAAUUAAAAGUUUGCAGGUUAUAUAUGACAUCAGACCAAAAGUAAAUGAAGAAUUCACAUUGUAUCACAGCAGGUGACCCGUUUUGAAAAUCAUUUGGCAAAUUCAAAAUUCACAAACCAACUUGAAUUUUAAAAUGUAAGAUGCGUUUAAGAAUAGAUAUGUGUAAAUAUGUCCUUGCAGUGUUAUUUUAAGUGAAUCUUCACAUGGCAUAAAUACUGUAUAGUUGCCGUUAUUUGAAACUGAAAUGUAGCUGCUGCGGUGCUACAGUCUGUGUGGCUCAGGUAACGGAACUUUUGACGGCUGCAAUGUUUACAGUGAAGCUUGAACAGGAGGUUGUGACUACUAUGAUGUAAAAGCUGUCUCACUACAUUGUGUUGAUUUGUACAACAGAGUCAAUUAUGUUUUCUAAUGACAAUCAGUCUAAUAAAACAUUGACAGAC